AUGAGUCCGCCAGACGUUUCUUUGGACGAGUUCCGCCACAAAAACGUCUUUUGUGACGCUGUGAUGAAAGUGGAGAACCAGGAGUUCCCAGUUCACAAAGUCAUUAUGUGUCAGUCCAGCGAAUACUUCAGAGCCAUGUUUGAGCGCUGGGCUCCUGCGGAGCAAAGAGCCUUCCCUCUCGGAGGCCUCAGUCCUCACAUCAUGUCUGUGCUGCUUGAAUGGAUUUACACAGCCUCUGUAGACCUUAGCUUGGACACCGUCCAGGAGCUGGUGAUGGCUGCAGAUAUGCUGCUGCUAGAAGAUCUGGUUCAGAUUUGCUUCGACUACAUGCUGGAGCACCUGAAUGUGCACAGCAGCAUCAGUGUCUGGCACCUCGCAGAUGUGGUACUUUCAGCUCAAACGAGGGAGGUGUGUCGCUGGUUCAUCCUGAAGCACUUUAAGGAAGUUAUGGUCAACGAGGAAUUUCAGCAGCUCACAGCGGAGGAGUUGAGUGACUUUCUAGAAGACGAUGGACUGCAUGUGGAAGAGGAGAUCACAGUGUUCCAGGCCGUGGUACAGUGGAAUGAUUCCAACAUCCUCAGGGUCAUCACCAGGCUCUGCUCCUUCAUGUCGCAUGACAAAGAUUCCAAAGACCGUCGCUGCCAUGGCCGUGCCAAUGUUUUCAUUCGGUAUUCUCUGAUACCGUAUAAUAUCAUCAAGAACCAUAUCCUGAAUCAUCCAUUGACAGGCGUCCACAGCCUGCUGACUGUACACAGAAACCUCUUCCUCAACAACGAACUACCCCUGCGGCCACGACAACCUGAGUCAGUCCUGUUGGCCAUCGGCGGCUGGAGCGAAGGCAACGCGACCAAUGCCAUCGAAGCUUACAACUACAAGACGGAUUGCUGGACGAAUAUCUCGUCGCAGGAGGAAACCCCGCGCGCUUAUCACGGAUCUAUCGUUGUCGACGGGUUCCUCUACUGCCUGGGAGGCUUCAACAGGACGGAGCGCAUCAAUACCAUGCCGACGCUGCUAUAUGUGAGCGUGACUGAGCUGAACGGACGCAUCUAUGCGCUGGGCGGAUACAACGGCCGAUCGCAAUUGAACACGGCUGAAGUGUUUGACCUCCGCUCCAACCAGUGGUCGAUGAUUGCUCCCAUGAACGAGCAGCGAAGUGACGCCUACUGUGCUACGCUCAAUGGAGUUAUCUACAUUUGUGGAGGCUUCAAUGACACGGAUUGUUUGCAGACAGUCGAACGCUACAGCAUAGAGUCAAACCAGUGGACGCCCAUCGCCCCAAUGAGCGUCCCACGCAGCGGCGUCCGUGUGGUCGCUUUUUCCAACCUCAUCUACGCAGUUGGCGGCUUUGAUGGGGUUCAGCGCUUACGCAGCACAGAGGUCUACGACCCGCACGUCAACUCCUGGCAGCAGCUGGCGGGCAUGAAACUCUCCCGUAGUAAUUUUGGCAUCGAGGUUGUAAACAAGCGCAUCUUUGCCGUGGGCGGUUACAACGGUGUCAGCACCACGCACGAAGCAGAGGCCUAUGACCCCACGGAAGACAGCUGGACCCAGGUGCAUCACAUGGCCAUCCACCGGAGUGCUCUGGACUGUUGUGUGAUCCCCGUCUUUCCAAACAUCAGCGAUUCCAUCAUGCCCCCCACUGUGUCAGACCUCUGCUGA